AUGACAGGCGCACCACCGCCCGAGGGCUUUCGGGCAUUCCCGUAUCAACCACUCGGAAAGGGUGAGAUCAGACUGCUAAGACUACGCCAGAGUCAAAACGCAGAAAGACAUAAGGAAUUCGUCGAAUGCGCCAUUACGCACCAUAAUCUCUAUGAAGGCCUCGAGUUUGCUGCUCUCUCCUAUGUGUGGGGCAAUGAUGAGGCUGUCGUGCCAAUCACUCUGAACGGGGCUGUUAUGAAGAUUCGGCCUAACCUAGCGAGUUUCCUGGACGAGGCCCGUCGUCGGCAAGAUCUCCUAGGAGCAAAUGACUUGGACGUCGCUUUGGACGCACGCCGUGCCAACGCGAGUAACCCCCCGCCGAAUCUGGGUCCGGGCAGCUCCGAGCCGCUCGUUGGCCGGCCUGGGUCGACUACCGUUGACUCGCACCAACCGAAAAAUACACCGGUCAGAUACAUCUGGAUUGACGCUCUGUGCAUCGAUCAAAACAACAUUCCUGAACGGAACGCGCAGGUUGCCAUGAUGCGCGACAUCUACGCUAAAUCCAGUAGAAUAAUCAUUUGGUUGGGUUCGGCAGCCGACGACAGCGAUUGCGCCAUGGACAUGCUCGGAAGCGGCGAAAGGAAAGAUAUGCCGGGUGCAGUACCUGCCCUAACGGCUUUGAUGCAGCGGCCGUAUUGGACUAGGGCGUGGACGCAGCAGGAGGCCACCACUCCGGAAGUCCCCUGCGAGGUCUGGUGCGGGACGAAGGGAGUCACCUACGAAGAAUUUCGCCGAAUGAGUGACAUCGUCAACACAUUGCACCGCCGCGGCAUCCACGGAUCGCGAACAAUAGAUGUAGGGAAGACUCUACCACACGAGGUGCUGGGCAAAAUCGAUAGCACAAAGGAACUGCGGAGCACCAGGGACACGCGAGUCGCAUAUAACAGGUCCAAUACCUACACCCGGAUCUACCGUACAGAAGCCGCAGCACAAUUUGGCAACCUCCUCGUCAAGUACAUGCAUCUCGAGGCCACGGACAUGCGGGAUAGGGUGUACGCGCUGAUCCCCAUUUAUGAGGAUCUUGAGAAGUCCCACCGGCGCCCGGUGGAAGUGGACUACGCUGUGUCAGCGGGCGAAGUGUUCCGCCGCGCGAUGGCUUGGGCCAUCAACCCCGAGCGGGAUCAACAUCUCUUGAUGUUCUGCUCCGCUAGAAGCCGUGUGGGAGCACAGAGCUGGGUGGUCGAUUUCUCGAAGCCCCCAACCAUGACGCCGAGGUUCGAGGACCGGCGGUACCUUGGGAAAUGGGGUGCCGGGUAUUGGGAUCUAGUUCGCCCUGAAAUCCACCUGGUGGAUGAGGGGCUGCGGCUGAUCGUGGAGGGGGGGGAGAUCGCCAGCAUCGCGGAUACUUACGGGCCGCCAUUGACCUCGUAUGACUGGAUCGGUCAGGGCGGCAUCAAUGUGGAGCAGGCAGCUGUGUGGAUGGAGGGCGUGGCUAGAUUCGCUUUCCCCGAGAAGAAAGAUGUUCCAUACGUUAGCGGGACAUCGACGGUAGCUGCCAUGGACGGCAUAUUAUCAACCGGGGUGGGAGAGACCGCCUGGCCGUAUUUCGAUUUAAUCGCGGGGAUGGAACGGACGAUGGGCAUCUAG